AUGGGCAAGAAGGCAGCUGGUAAGGGCAAGAAGGGCAAGGCGGCGAAAGCACCUCCUGUGAUAGAACCUCCCAAAUUUUCCCAUCCUGAGUUCAAACCUGCCCGCCUAGACUCCCGGGUUGUCCAAGCGACCAUCAAGCUUGCCGCGCCGGUGUGCACCCUGUUAGAGUUCACCAAAGCACUACCUCCGACUACCAAAAUAUCACAUAUAACGGACUUGAUAGUCAAAAGGCACGGUGGCAGUAUACGGGAAGUGUCGGUGUGUGUCAACAGGUUCCAUCCCGAGGAAAUAAUCCGACCAGAUGAGACACUUGAGGAUUGUGGUAUCACUGGAGGAGAGUGCGUCGUCUAUUACGACUUUGUGCCACUCACAGGAGCAUUGCUGCAAUAG